GCUCGCGGGGCCGCGGCGGAGGGCAUCGUGCUACCCUGCUCGCUGCUACUCGCCCGCAGGUCGGCGCGCUCGCCCACCUGAGCCGCGCCGGGGCGCAGCGCGCUCAGCCGCCGCCCGGGAAAAAGAGGCAGCUAGUCUCAGCUCGGCGAUGGGGAGCGGGCGAAGUUGACGAGUCCCCGGCUCACGCUGCGCCCCUCCCGCCCGAGGGGCUGCAGCCUGCGGUCUGUCGCGCGUGUCUGUUUGCCAAAGAAGCCGCCCCGGGGAGAAGACCCGGAGGGGAGCUGCUUCCCCAGGGCAGACCUGCAGCCCAGCCGAGGGGCUUGGGCGGCCUGGAUGCGCAGGACCCGGCCCCGCAGCCGCUGACGCCCGGCGGCGGCGAAGUUUGGCUGCUGAGCGGCGCGGCGCCGGGCCACUGGACAGCGGGCGGCCCGGCGGCCGCGGCCGGAGCGAUGCCCGUGGGGGGCCUGUUGCCGCUCUUCGGCAGCCCGGCGGGCGGCAGCCUGGGCGGGGGGCUCGGCGGCGGCGGCGGCGGCAGGAAGGGGUCGGGCCCCGCCGCCUUCCGCCUGACGGAGAAGUUCGUGCUGCUGCUGGUGUUCAGCGCCUUCAUCACGCUCUGCUUCGGGGCGAUCUUCUUCCUGCCGGACUCCUCCAAGCUGCUCAGCGGGGUUCUGUUCCACUCCAGCCCCGCCUUGCAGCCGGCCGCCGACCACAAGCUCGGGCCCGGAGCACGCGUCGAGGACACGGCCGAGGGGCGAGCCCGGCGCCGCGAAGAGGGCGCGCCCCGGGACCCGGCAGCCGCCCUGGAGGACAACUUGGCCAGGAUCCGCGAAAACCACGAGCGGGCUCUCAGGGAAGCCAAGGAGACCCUGCAGAAGCUGCCCGAGGAGAUCCAGAGAGACAUCCUGCUGGAGAAGGAGAAGGUGGCCCAGGACCAGCUGCGUGACAAGGAGCCGUUCAGGGGACUGCCCCAGGUGAAUUUCGUGCCCCCCAUCGGGGUGGAGAGCAGGGAGCCCGCGGACGCCGACGUCCGCGAGAAGAGGGCAAAGAUCAAAGAGAUGAUGCAACAUGCUUGGAAUAAUUAUAAAGGUUAUGCCUGGGGAUUAAAUGAACUGAAACCUAUAUCAAAAGAAGGCCAUUCAAGCAGUUUGUUUGGUAACAUCAAAGGAGCAACUAUAGUAGAUGCCCUGGAUACACUUUUUAUUAUGGAAAUGAAAAAUGAAUUCCAAGAAGCAAAAUCAUGGAUUGAGGAAAACUUAGAUUUUAAUGUGAAUGCUGAAAUUUCUGUUUUUGAAGUAAAUAUACGCUUUGUUGGUGGACUGCUCUCAGCCUACUAUCUGUCUGGAGAAGAGAUAUUUCGAAAGAAAGCAGUGGAACUUGGGGUAAAAUUGCUACCUGCAUUUCAUACUCCCUCUGGAAUACCUUGGGCAUUGCUGAAUAUGAAAAGUGGCAUUGGAAGGAACUGGCCCUGGGCCUCUGGAGGCAGCAGCAUUCUGGCAGAAUUUGGAACCCUGCAUUUGGAGUUUAUGCACUUGAGCCACUUAUCAGGAGACCCCAUCUUUGCUGAAAAGGUGAUGAAUAUUCGCAAAGUGCUGAACAAACUGGAAAAACCAGAAGGACUUUAUCCUAACUAUCUGAAUCCCAGUAGUGGACAGUGGGGUCAACAUCAUGUAUCAGUUGGAGGACUUGGAGACAGCUUUUAUGAAUAUUUGCUAAAGGCAUGGUUAAUGUCUGACAAGACAGAUCUAGAAGCUAAGAAGAUGUAUUUUGAUGCCGUUCAGGCCAUCGAGACUCACUUGAUUCGCAAGUCUAGCAGUGGUCUCACUUACAUCGCAGAGUGGAAAGGGGGCCUCCUGGAGCACAAGAUGGGCCACCUGACCUGCUUUGCUGGAGGCAUGUUUGCGCUCGGGGCUGAUGGAGCUCCCGAAAGCCUGGCUCAACACUACCUUAAACUCGGGGCUGAAAUUGCCCGUACCUGUCAUGAAUCUUACAAUCGCACGUUUAUGAAACUGGGACCAGAAGCUUUCAGAUUUGAUGGCGGUGUUGAAGCCAUUGCUACAAGGCAAAAUGAAAAAUACUACAUCUUACGGCCAGAAGUUAUUGAGACCUACAUGUAUAUGUGGCGACUGACUCAUGAUCCAAAGUACAGGAAAUGGGCCUGGGAAGCUGUAGAGGCCCUGGAGAGUCACUGCAGAGUAAAUGGAGGCUAUUCAGGCCUACGGGAUGUUUACCUCCUUCGUGAGAGUUAUGAUGAUGUACAGCAGAGUUUCUUCCUGGCAGAGACACUAAAAUAUUUGUACUUAAUAUUUUCUGAUGACGAUCUUCUUCCACUGGAACACUGGAUCUUCAACACUGAGGCACAUCUUCUCCCUGUACUCCGUAAGGAUAAAAAGGAAGUUGAAGUCAAAGAGAAAUAAAAAGACAUUUUAUAUUUUACUCUGCUCCAUUCCCUUCACUGCAUACCUUAAUAAUUCCUUUCCUGGUUAUCAGGCACAUGAUCAACUUUCAUUAAUAGGUCUGUGAUUAUUAUAAGUUCUUAAAUUGUUUUGCAGUCUUUUGUUUAUUAUCAUAGGCAUAGAUGGACCUAAAUUCCUUAUUGUAUCCUUUAUUAUUCAGCCAGUGAAUCCACCGUUUUUUGGUUUUUUGUUCGUUUGGUUUUUUUUUUUUUUUUUUGGUUUGUUUUUAAAUAAUCUGUUAUCUAUGGAGUUGGUGAAGGUGUAAUAUCAUUAAACUGAAUAGAAUGGUAUAGUAAUGACCUCUUAAUUACAAUUUGAUUUGACUGCAAAACUUUUUCCUCCUCUAUGAGGAGAUGAUGUCUGCUUUAAGCUGUAAUGUUUUGCCAUGUUGCAAAAAGCCAUAAUAAUAAAUUAAGUAUUAAAAAAGCUUUUCCUUUUCAAUUUCAUGUUAAUCUGGUUUGUCUAUCCACAAGAGACAGAUCUUAUAACUGUGACAGCCUCUUUAUGCGGGUCUAUCAUUAUUUGAUAGAAUGUCUUCUAAAAUACUUCACUCACAUUGUAAUUCAAAUUAGAAAGUCAUUCCAAAAGGAUCAUCUCAUGAAGAUCUCGUUUCAUCGAAACUGCAAUAUAUUUUUGUUGGUUAAUUAUAUUAGUGUUUCCUAAUUUGUGAAUUUGUUAAUUUUACUAUAAAUGCCCUGUGUCAUUUCUGGAUCAUGCAUGGUUAAUUUCUUGCAUUCUGUACUACACAGCGAGGUGAGCUCUCAAGUUUUACAGAACUCUGUCACUCAAGUACAUUUUUUAAAAGAGAAAUAGAAUAGCUUUUAAUGUAUUAGCUUUUGCUUUUAACUGAAUAUAUGAAGAAAUUGGGUCUCUCCAAGAAGAGGGUAUUUCAUAUGGCUUUUAGUUCAUUUGUUUUUAUUUCACCUGUAUUUUUUUUCUUGAGAAAAGAAAGCAUUCCAUUCAGUUCUGAUUUUUCAGAUUUGAAAAA